UAACAACAAUCUCUGAAUCUUCAUCCUUAUCUCUUAAACUAAUCCCUCAGUCACGUACAAAAUUGAAUACAGAGGAAGAACACACAGUGGAGAAGAGAUUUCAAUUUGUCUAAAAUGUAUGUUCCAAAAGAUCUCUUAGGGGGGUAUAAAAGUCAAAGGAAUGGAAAAAAGCAGAAUAAAUUCUCUAAUGAUCUGACUCUCGGCAACUCUGCUGCCAAGAAGGUCAGACAAGAGAUCAAGAAUUCUUUGGUUGGGCAGAAUUCCAUUGGUAACUUCAUGGGCGAUAGCUCCGCUCUCGAACUUAAUCUCGGAAAUAAGAACGGACAAAAAUUCUUUCCAUCAGAUGAGAUUACUAUCUGGGCUUGGAAUGUGAAUGGUGUAAGAGCUAUGAUCAAGAAAAAGAAGCUAGAUGACUUUUUUAAGUCAGUGAGCCCUGAGAUAUUAUGUCUAAGCGAAACCAAAAUAGAUGAAGGAGCCUUAUCCGACCUUAAACUUGAAAGAAAGAUCCCGAAGGAAUACCUACAGUAUUGGAAUUGAUGAGUUCCUCCUAUUAAAGGAUAUGCAGGCACUGCAAUUUUUACUAAAGUUAUCCCAUUAUCAGUGAAAUAUGACAUUGGAAUUCCCAAACAUGACAAAGAAGGCCGAACCAUAACUCUGGAGUACGAAAAGUUUUACCUAGUUGCUGUAUACGUACCUAAUGCAGGAUCUAGCUUAAAAUGGCUUAACUAUCGUGUAGCACAGUGGGAUGUAGAUUUCAGAAACUACCUGAAAAGUCUUGAACUAAAAGGAAAGCCAGUGAUUCUAAUGGGUGAUCUCAAUGUGGCCCAACUAGACAUAGAUGUCUAUAACCCACAAGGGUAUGAUCGGUACCCCUGAUUUACUGAAGAGGAGAGAACUUCCUUCUCAAUGUUCAAGAAUCUUGGCUUUAUUGACACAUUCAGAGAAAUAUACCCAGGGAAAAUAAAGUUCUCCUUCUGGGAUGUCAGAAGCAGCAUGAGAAAGGAGAACAAAGGUUGGAGACUAGAUUAUGCAAUUGUCUCUAAAAGUAUCUUCCCAGCUGUUGUGGACUCAGAAAUCCACACUGAUAUCUGGGGAAGCGACCAUUGUCCGAUUAGCCUUACCUUUGACCAGAGUUACAUUGAUCUGGAUGAUUUCAAAGAGGAUAUUAACUUUGAUGAAAAUGAUAGCGAUGAUAAAUCAGAGAUGGAUUUUGAAGAAGAAGAGAAGAUUAACAUGCCAGAUUUUGAUUGCGAACAAUUCUCUGAACCCAUUGAAUUAGACAAAGGACCUCCUGAGCCUACUGCUACAAUCUUUGAUGAGGACCCUAACAAGGAAAAUAUCUUUGACAAUAAAGAAUAA